CUCGGUCUCUCUCUCUAUAAAUGUCGUUGGCAGUAUUCUGAGACUAAGUCGACGACACCCUCCAGUUGCCCCUCUUUUAUUGUCUUUAAGCUAAGCGCCGUCCUCUCACUGCUUACACAUUGGCCCUGCCAAGUAAGCGUGAGAGAAACAUCGGUAUAUACGUUAUAAGUAUAGAUACAGAUAUAGAUAUGGGGAGGACGCCGUGCUGCGAGAAGGUUGGUCUGAAGAGAGGGAGGUGGAUGGCCGAGGAGGACGAGAUCUUGACCAACUACAUUCAGGCCCACGGCGAGGGAUCCUGGAGGUCCUUACCUAAGAAUGCAGGUUUACUAAGGUGUGGGAAGAGUUGCAGACUGAGGUGGGUCAACUACUUGAAGACUGACCUGAAGAGAGGGAACAUAUCGUCCGAGGAGGAGAAAAUCAUCAUCAACUUGCAUGCCUCCCUUGGCAACAGGUGGUCUUUAAUAGCGAAUCAGCUACCUGGGAGAACAGACAACGAGAUCAAGAACUACUGGAACUCUCACUUGAGCCGUAAGGUCGAUACCUUCCGUAGGCCGCCAGCCCCUGACCCUACGCUCCAAGCAAUAAUGGAGAGGGCGAAGGCUGGCCUUAAUCCUUCCAAGAAGAAAGGGGGGAGGACCAGUGGGGGGGAAGGGAAGAGCAAUAACCAUACCAAUCAUGCCUCUCAAAAGGGUGUGGGGAUCUCCUCAAGGGGCAAUAGACCCUCUGAUGAUAACAAGAGAGAAUCUAGGAUUUCUGAUCCAUCCAAGGAAGGGAAGAGAGUUACCUUGCCAACUCCGUCUCUAGGCAGUGAAAUUGGAUCAAUGUCGGGUGAAAGUAACAAUAAUUCAACUUUGAGUUAUGAGAACGGAACGGGUGGUAGCAGUAAUAGUAUAACUGGCGAUUCGAUGAUGUGCCUUAGGGUUGAGGAUAGUCCUGAAGUUUUAGGACCAUUUGAGGGCAUCGAUGGAGACAUGCUGAGCAGUAUUAAUGAGAUUCUGGACUCUAAUGGAUUACUCAUGGAAAGCUUCGCAACUAGGAAGGAAGAUGUUUUCAACUUCUACAAUGCCCCUGCAAGUCCAACCAGCUACACUAUCUCCACAGCUGGCAAUGGUGAGGCCCGCAACAACGUCAGCUCCUCCAAUGUCUCGGCAGCCUUUAAUUCGAGUUUCGAUGAUAUCGAGAGCAUCAGCAACUGGGACUGGGAGGACCUUGUGCAAGGCAAUGACAAAGGAGUGGCAGAGCGUAACGACUGUCAGGAGCUGUUCAGCUGGCUUUGGGAGGGGGAUAACGACAUGAAUCAAUACGAGAGGGACAACAUGGGAUUAUUGAUGGACUUUGAGAAGCAAAAUGAUAUGGGCAGUUGGCUUAUAUUUUGAGGGUAAAGUGUCUGUAGCUUAGAGAGAGCUAUUUUUGGGUUAAAAUAGUUGUGGGGUGGUCAUAAUUAGAUUAAAUAAUGUGUGGGUGAAUAAAUAAUAUCUCUGUCCUAUUUAUAUAUUA